AGGAUCGCUGGGAGAGCACCCUCUCUGGGGCGCGGCUUUCCCCAGCCCGCGCGGGCGCGGCGCAUGGGCCAGUGGGUAUGUGGCGGCGAGCGGCCUCCCUCCCUGGACCGGGCCGCGCCCGGUAGCCGGGGCAGCCAGGGCGGCAGCAGGGCCCCCCCGGGCAGCAGGGCGUCGCUGUCGCCGAUGGAGGGCUCUGGUGCCAAGGGCAGCAGCCUGCGCCGCACCAGCGCCGCCUCGCAGUAUCGGCUGAGGUGCGUGGAGAGGGACAUGCCGCAGUGCAACAAGGCUUCGCCGGUCAAGCUGAUCGUCUUCGACCUGGACGAGACGCUCACGGUGGCAACGUUCAUGACUUCGGACGGCAGCUGUCUUCCCAACGAGCGUGAGACCAUGGCGAAGGUGAACUUCCAGACCCCCUGGGUGGAGGGCUCGAGGGUAGAUAAGCUCAAGCACAUGUUCGAGGGGCUCAUGAGCGGCAAGGAUGGGCAGCGCAGGCACCUGGCGAUCCUGACGCGGAACGCCAACGCGGCGGGCGUCCUCGCCGUGGUCAACCUCCUCAAGGUUGGUGGGCUCGACGAGUUCUUCUGCGCCAUCUGGACGAUGCCGUGGCGCCGAGGCAAGCACAACGGCGCGUUCCGGGACGCGGGCGGCGUGUGGCAGUUUUUCGAUCCCCCCGUCGACAUGGUCCACGACCACAAGGCGGACGUGCUGAAGCAUGUCUGCGGGCAGCCGGAGAAGUGGAUCCCGCAGCUCGCGGGCCAGGGGAAGGCCGAGUUCGCGGACCUGCUGCCGCUGAGGCAGGAGGCCAUCGUUCUGGUGGACGACCAGAGGGCCAACUUCACGAGCCCCUCGGGCGUCGAGGUGAUGAGAUAUUGCAAGGUGGCUCGGUACGACGCAAACUACCGCAGCUUCGGCCUCAUCAAGGACAUGGGGGGCAUCGGCGCGCACAGCGACGCAGAUUACGACAUGCUGAAGCGCUUCGUGGAGGACCCGUGGAUGUGCAAGGACUCGAUGCAGGUCCGCUGCAACGAGCGCGACUUCGAGGGCCACGAGAGGAAGAGCCCGGUGCAGCUGGUGGUCUUCGACUUCGACGAGACCCUCACGCUCGCCACCUUCAUGCCGAAGGACAUGGGGGAGGGGGAGUGGUCCGAUGCCGACCUGCGGGACUACAACUUCGAGACCCCCUGGGUCGAGAAGGGCAGCAGGAUCGAGAAGCUCGGCAGGCUGCUGCGGUGGAUUGCCACGGAGAGGAAGCUGGCCGUGCUGACCAGGAACGAGUGUGGCGCAAUGGCCGUGCUAAACUUGCUGUCCAUAGCUGGGCUGGCGGACCACUUCAGCGUGAUCUGGACCAUGAUCCAGGCCGACGGCUCCGGCAUGGACAAUGGCGCCUACCAGGAGGGCGGGGAGUGGAAGUGCUUUCGGCCACCCGUCGAGAAGGUGAACAACCACAAGGCGGACGUGCUCCGCCAUGUCGUGGACCACACCGAGGAGUGGUUCCCGCAGCUGCGGGGCCAGGAGAAGUCGCGCUACCAGGAUCUCGUGCAGUUGCGGCCAGAAGGCGUCGUGCUCAUCGACGACGAGAGGGCGAACUUCCGCAGCUACGAUGUGGUCGACGGCUUCGACGAGCCCUCGACGGUGCUGCGCUAUUGCAAGGUUGCCCGCUACGACGAAGAGUACCGGGACUGCGGUCUGCUCAACCAGAUGGGCGGUCUCGGAGCGCACAGUGACUCUGACUACGUGGCGGUCAAGGACUUCAUCGAGGCUCCGUGGGACUUCCCCUACGAGCGUGUCUCCGAGGCGGCCACCCAGGUCCUCUCCCCGACGCGCCCUCGCCCGGGCGGCGAGGGCGGCCCGGGCGGCGAGCGGCUGCAGCGCGCGGUGGGCGCCUCGGAGGAGAGGUCGAAGGCGCCGCGGAAGCGCACGGCGCUGCCUCCGUGAGGCGAUCGCCCUCGCCAUGGGCGGGCGGAGCGCCUCUCCCUCACUUGCUCGUGCCUGAUCUGCUCUCCAUCCCGCUUCGUCCUUCCUCGUCCUCCUCCCUCUUCCUUCCUUCCUUCCUUCCUCGUCCCUGCCUCCUGCUGAAGGCCCGCGCCUCUUAGGGAUGCCGCAGCGCCGCGCUCUCGGCCCCCUCGGCCGCCCGCGGCCCGGAUGCGCGCCUGAUGCUGCGCCAGGCCGCCUCCUGUUGCCUCUAUGUUUGUCCAGCACCGGCCUUGGCUGCAGCCCCGUGGGGGCCGUCUCGGGACCGCCGUGGCCACCAGUGAGCGGCCCAGGGCCAACCUCGGCGGCGGGCGAGGGGGGGAAAGGAUAACGGGCGGGCCUUCUCAGAGGGCUCGGAAGUCCCCUGGCC